UCUGUCACAGCUCCUCUGGACUUUACUCUGAGCAGGAUCAAAUCUCAGUGGCAUUAUCACAGGAUGAAUAUGAAACUGUUGGCACUCGUGGCUGCGCUCGCGGUGGUGAUAUAUGCGCCUCCAUCACAAGCAAAGCCCAUCAGUCUGGUGGAGCGAUGCUACUGUCGCUCAACAGUCAACAGCGUCCCACGAAACUUCAUCCGAGAGCUCAGGUUCAUCCAGACUCCGAACUGCCCCUUCCAAGUGAUUGCCAAGCUGAAGACAAACAAAGAGGUGUGUGUGAACCCAGAGAUUCGGUGGCUGCAGCAGUACCUGAAAAACGCCAUCAACAAAAUGAAGAAAUCCAAACAAGGCAACUAGAAAAACUGCAGAGAUCCUCCUGAGCCAUCACCGAGGUUUUAACCACCACAUCUAUGUAACAUGUGAUAUGAGAUCAUCUGGUAUGUUGAACAGCACUUAUCUGGCUGCCACGCUGCGGCCUUUUGCAUGGAAUGAACCUACAACUCUUCACCGUGAACACCAAUUCAUCAAUCGUCAGGCUUCACCGUCACCACUCUCAUCACUUAUACAAAUCGUAGAUAUUAUUAGUACAAAGUGCAAUUAUAUCCGUGAGUGUAUGUUUUUCUAACUAUAUUGUAUAUACUUUUUUUGUUAAUGGACAUAAACAGUAAAGAGCUAUUUUUGGAGAUUCUCGUCCCUUUGGCCUCUGCCAUUUUGGAAAAAGGAUCGACCCUUGGGUCAGAGUGUUUAAGGGGGUAGAGGUGUAGGUCAACGGGAGGAUUUUCUCCACAACAAAUAUGAGUUAACAUUCAACUUGCAAGAAGCAGAGUCCUGACAUCUGCUAAAACAACAGGAUACUGAUCUAUUAUAUCUUAUCCUAAACAUGGGAUCUGCUUAUCGUGAUCGGAUCUGAUUUUAAAUUGUAUAAAAUGAACAACGUGUCCCUGCCUUUUCGAAAAACGAGCCGAGCCUGCAGAGUUUGCCAGGUCGUAUUUCAUGUUUUAAGUUAAUUGGCACCGCGGAAUUUCAAUGGCUGCCAGCUACCCCCAGACUGAAUAUAACAUGUAUAAAAGAUCCCUAGUAAAAAUGGCUAUUACAAUGUUUUUGUGAUGGAAAUUAGGAUGCCAGAAGAGCGCGAGCAUUUCCUGAGCCGUUCUGUGGCUGUGAUUAUGCGACCCUGUGUUACCAAAUGUGCCUGCUUUUUUCACUCUGAGAGAAAAGCUGAACAUCUGGAUCCCAAACCGUUUUAAUUGAGCGACCGAUGAGACGAUUUACAGGAAUCGUAAAGCUGUGUCCCUUAACAAGAGUUGUUACAAACAAAAUGAUGACACUCACAAAUCACAGUUAGAUAUUUUACCAAAUUGAUGUCAAAAAGAUGUACUCAUGUCAGCUGGAUUCUGAUUUAAAUACUAUAGAUGUCCAUUUCGUAUAAGGGUGUACUGCAAUUUGAAUAACACAUAAGUAGUUAAAACACUAUGUGACAGCAGUAGACAGUAGAGAAAGUAGUACUGACAAUAAAUAGAUGUACAUAGAUGGAACUACCUACAACUGUCAUGCAGAUAGCAAUGCACUUUAUAUCUGAUGUAUUCAUGUUUUAACGACAUUUACUCACUAAGUCUGAUCAUUAAAUUCUAUCUGUUGUCUUUUUUAUAUUAAUCAUGCUGUUUCCAUUCUGUUCUCUUUGAUCAUUGAAUGUGUAGCUGCAUUAGGGAGAUCUCUCCACCUAUAACUUCUUGUCACAUGUAAAAUUAAUGUUAUACAAAUGUUUUAUUUUUGUACACUUUUAUGCAUUUAUAUAUUAAAUCUAAACAUUUAAAUGAAGAAACUGUACUCUCACAACUGAGUCACCCAGCCAGCAUUUUAUUGUAAAAGGGGUGAGCAAAAAAGUCAUCUUCUAAAUGUUAUGAUUAUUACUUUAAUAUAUGUUUUCCUCUACAUGUUACAAGCAUUUUUUUCAUAAAUAUAUACCCACUGAUGCACACAUAAACACAGUUCAGUUAGGUCACUCUUUAUAUUCGGUGUAAAGCUUUUCCAGAGCCAACUCACAGCUGCUGUAAUCUUACUGUACUGGCAGGUCAGAGGGUAUAUCUAAAGACUUUGAUGUGUGAACAUGUGUUUAGCUUUACUCACAAGGGCAAAUAAAAGGCAAGGACAAUGAUCCUGCCUGUUAUUUAACUAUUAACUCAACAAGCGACCAUUAGGAAAACAUUAGAGCUAAAAGGGAUGAACUUUUAACUUCCCUCUAAGGGCAUUACGUGAGGCGGAGCACAGUAGUUCAUGUGAUGAGAGUGGUCCGCUGAUUGAAACAUAAGAGGGAGAAAAGGGGCUGUGAGUGGCAGUCUGCAACCCAGUUUGCUGUGUUUGCUGAUUAGCUUUGAAGUUAGGUUUAAGCAGGAUAAAAGCAGAGUCAGCAGCACUCUUGUGUGAGAUAAUGCCAUUGAUUUAGCCACUGAUUUAGUUCUGGUGUGCAAAUUCAGAGUGGAAAUUAUUCAGAUAUAAUCACUGUAAUGAUUGUGUUAACCUGGUAUCACUGCAACAAUCUGCAGGUAGCAACAAGUAUCUUUCUCCCGCGUAAUGUGAAGAUUGGGCAGCUUGUCUCGUGACAUUUUAUCAAACAGAGGACACAUCCUCAUACCUGAAAGUGUUAAGUCUUUGUACUCUGAGUAAACCAUUUGUUCACUGAGAAUAUUUCAAUUAAACUUAAAAUUGCUCACGUCA